AUGUUGACAGCCCAACCUCUCAAGCAUCAAUUCACGGAUACGCCGGUGAACAAUGGCUACGCUCAGAAGACCUCCGGCCUGAUCGAGCCGCCCGCCGCUUUCGCAGAUAUCGUGGGUCCCUACGAUGACUUUCGAGGCGAGUUACACGACAAAGGCUUUGUCGUCAUCAAGAAUGCCAUCCCGCGCGAACGUGCUAUCCAAUACCAAGAGAAAGCCUACGAGUGGCUGCAAUCAUUUCCCGGAGACCUGGACUUCAGCAACCCUGAAACGUGGAUAGCGAAGAAUCUUCCGCUCCAGAACGGCAUCAAGGUGUAUAUCCACUAUGGUGUCGCGCAUGAGAAGUUUGUCUGGGAUGCCAAACAAGAGCCUGGAGUAUUGGAUGCUUUUGCUAAGCUCUGGCAGACAGACGAGCUGCUUGUCAGUUUCGAUGGCAUAAACAUCACAUUUCCGAACCGCAAGGACAUCCCGAGGCGUGCGGCAUGGGAGCAUAUCGAUCAGAGUCCGCUACGACGCGGUGCUCAUUGCAUCCAAGGGAUCAUCAACCUCUCACCCUCCGGACCAAAUGAUGGCGGCCUAGUCCUGUAUCCCAAGUCUCACAACUACAACGCCGAGUUCUUUGAUAGCCGGGACGAUAAGUCGAGCUGGCUGCCCAUGAAAGAUCUGCACCUCUUCACCAAGGAAGAGCUUGCGUGGUUUCGCGCGAAAGGGCUGCAGCCUCACAAGCCGGGUCAUACACUACGGCGCCGAGCUACCGAGAAGAGCAACCAGAUCAGGACUGCUAUCUACGCUACAUACACACCCGCAAAUCUUGCGGAGCCAACACAACUAGCAAUCAAAAACGAAGUCUUCGAGAAGUUUGGCUCUACAACUCACUGGCCUCACCAAUACAUUGUGUCCAGACCAACGCAAGCGAUGCUGCCGGACGGCACACGAGAUCCUCGUGACAGGGACCAGCCAAGAGAGAUGCCAGAGAUGACGGACAAGCUUCUGAAGCUCGCUGGAGCCAAGAGGUACUGA